AUGGAACCAAUUGAAGAUGGUCAGCAUUGUUCCUCCGAACUCCCACACAAAUUUGACGCAUUCUAUCAUACAACAAUAGACCAGGAUACCUAUCACCGUCCCCCAUCUCUCUCUCAGUCCUCAAGCUUCUCAGUCGAAAACGAUAUUUCCGAAUGGGCCGCAUUUGCACCGAGCCAACUGUUUAGGCCAGCCGCGGAACCAAAAGAUGCAACAAAUGUUGAAGGGCCCAGCCUGUCUCAACAUUCCAGCUUCUCAGAACUUGGUGGUGUGGACGACAUCUCGGACCUGAUCAGGAUUGCGCCUACUCAAAUGGUCCAAGCAGCGUUGCCUGAUCAACAACGUGCAACAUCCUUUGCCCGGACAGACAGCGCAUCUUCCUCUGGCUCUGGCUCGUCUACCGACUCUAAAUGGUCAAAUGCAACCUCAUUGACGAGCGUUGAAUCUACGACAACACUUCCCAUUGCCAGCACAUCCGCUGUGAAACUUGAAACCGUCAGGCGAAAUAAUGCAGCAACAGAGCCUGAGAUUGAUCCCAGAAAACGGAAAUUUUCGGUCUUCAGCGAGAGCAACCCCAAACCCGCUAAAAAACCAAGACUGCCAGAAGUGGAUGACCCAGAUGCGCCUUUUAUCAUUGCUCAUUCCCCUGCUCUGCAUCGGGCUAUGAGCACCCUCGACCUGCCGUACGGGGUCCAAUUCGAAAUCAAUCGGUUCACCAAACGCCCCGGAUACGAACUGAAGGAACCAUUGGAAGUUCUAAAAGCCAAAAACAAUACCCAAGCCGCAUCAUUGAUACCCGGUCUUUUUGGCCAAUCCGAAACUGCAGCGCAAGAUGCAUUCGCGAAAGAAAUAGCAGCAAAGGCUCCGUGGACCGAGCUCGAUCUUGAGGACAGGUACCUCAAUGUGAACCCUUUAGCUGGUUUGGGCCACUUUUCCGAAACGAAAGAUUGGUUUGGCGGCAAGAUAGACUUUAAAGGGACCAUUCACCAAGGAUACAAAAUUGUCUUAAAACCUCCAGAACUGAGCACAUCCAAUCGAUUUGCGCGGCGUUUCGGAUCUGCCCGGUUUCUUACUCUGACCAUCGACAAAAAGAUGAUCAACGAGGGACAGCGGAUGAUAGACUUUCUGUGUCGACCUUUUGUUCUCUGCGGCUACGUUUUCCGUGCAUAUGAUGCGAAGGACAAUAAUGUCUUCCUGGUGGCGACAAACGAGGUUGUCGAGGGUCCAGACUCUCGAAUCAACCCGCGUAGAACCAUCCCAGGGUUCGCUUUGGGAAGGUCCAACUCCAUUCCUAUCUUACGACUGGAAGCAGAUGCCAUUGUAAAGAUUCCUGAUCUCGAAUCGGCUUCCGGGAGCGAUAUGACCGAUGGUGCGGGCUUGGCCAAUAAAGCGGCUUUACGGUUAAUCUACAAUCGGAUCGAAAUGGAUGCGUGGCCGACUGCUGUCCAAGUUCGAGUAGUUGGUGCAAAGGGCCUGCUGGUCAUGGACCCAGAAGACACGCAAGAGACACCCAAGAUUUGGCUACGACCAUCCCAAAUCAAAGUCAAACACAACUUGGAUGAGCUCAGUAGCGCAGACCCAGCUCUGCUUACCAUCGACCUUCUCCGAACAGCGCACUGUCGAACGAGCUGCCGCUUGUCAAUAGAGACCAUAAUCAACCUCGCAGAGAACGGAGUUCCUACAUCGGUCUUUCUCAGGUUACUUGAGAGCGCCAUGGUCAAUCUAAUCACUCCUCUCAUCACCUGGGACGGUGAAGACGCGAUGCAAAAUUUAUGGUAUGCUGUCGCACGUACUGGGGGGGUUAUCCCUGCGCGAUUGGCACGGCAAGAGACUGUUUUGGCGCGCCAAAAAGGCUACGCCGAACGAGAAGUUGAAGAAGAUGACGAAGAAGACGACGACAAUCAACCUCAGAGCACCGCCUGGUGGGUUGAUGAAAUAUCUGGCUGUCCAUCGUCACUCGAAGAGACGGUUCUCGCUCUUCUCGAUUCCGGGUUUCACCCCGAGACUUGCUCAGUGCUUCGUGCAAAGCUUGGCAAGGUUGUUGACAGUUGCUUCAACCGGUACUUCGAAUCGUAUCGGAUUGAUCUACCAAGUGGCAUGUCUGCGACGGCGUUUAUAGUUCCGGAUCAGUUUGGCGUGUUAGAAGAAGGCGAGUUCUUCUUGAAGAGCACUCAUUUCGACUUCUUCACUGAAGAUGGAUUGCCGACGGAAGUUCUGUGCGGAGAUGCGCUAAUAACCCGAUACCCAUGCAAGCUCCCCACAGAUAUCCAAAAGUGGAAGGCGGUUGAUCGGCCAGAACUAAGGCAUCUCACAGAUGUAAUUGUUCUUUCGACCAAAGGCCAACGCCGUGCUGCAGAUUUUCUGAGUGGAGGGGAUUAUGAUGGCGACAAGGCACUUGUUAUCUGGGAACCAGAGAUGGUAGCGAACUUCCGGAAUGCACCACUUCACUAUUCUGAGGAGCCCGAAUCGGUUUCCAAGUCGUUUUCGCCCAAUAACGAGACGGUGGCCCAGUUCUUCGAAAGAACCAAGGAUUUCACUACCGAAGCUCGUCUACGGGCGAAACAGCAAUAUCUUUUGAGCGCCAUUCGAGAUCCAGCGACUGUCGGGCAGUAUAGUAAUUGGCAUUUGAAUGCCAUUUACACUCUCGGCUACACCCACCCCGAUACUAUUCGUCUCGCUUAUAUGUUCUGCAAGACGUUGGAUGGUGCCAAAACUGGGCUUCGAGUCCUUGAACCGAUCUACAAGGCUGACAAGAAAAAGUUUGAUAAGAGACCACCUGCAUGGAAAGAAGGAUCAAAUUCAAAACGAGGCGACGAGACAAACAUGCUUAAUAUCCAGCGGGAUCCUAAAUUGGGGCCAUUCAUAAUGGACGAGCUGCAUAAACGAAAAUGGCACUCCAUGGAGUGGAGUCGGAAGCUCAAAGAAGAGGUCGACGCGAAAUUCAAUCAGCGUAAGCACAUGGUGGACGAAGACCUCACUGCACCUUGGCUCUUAUUCGAAGCAACCGAGACAGCCAGGAUCCAAAGACAAACGGCGGACAAUGCGAAAAUAGCGACAUUAGCAAAGGGAGCACAAAAUCAUGAAGAGCUGAAGGGAAUGGCGGACGAGUUAUUAGCGAGGAUUGAGAGCAUUCCGCAGAGCGACCUGGACCUCAUCAAAGAACAUGUUCAAGGUGUCUACAAAAACCACGGUGCCAGAAUUGAUCGAAAGUUCACCACUAUGAAGAUUGAGAAACGCCAGGACACCCUUCGAGAACUCUCCAGGGAGUUUGCGGAUGGUGCGAACAAGUUAUCAAUGGACAAAGACCAGGCUCUUCGGAUCAUGGCAUCGUACGCAUACUGGUAUGACUCGGAGGAGAGAAAGUCCAAAUGGUCGGCGUGGUCUCGAUUCCCUUGGGAUGUUGCGUUCCGAGAACACGUACUGCCCGCCUACUCACGAUACAGACCAGGCAAAGUCCGUCUCUCGAAGUGGUUUACAACAACAGCGCCAAAGGCCAAGGCAAAGAUUGUCAAAGAUGUCACUCAACUUGUCCUUGCGCGACGGACUCGCAUGUGCAACUUCUUGGAGUACAAAGAUACGAAAGUGGUCUAUCGACGAUAUGCCUCUCUCUUCUUCGUCUGUGGGAUUACUUCGAGCGACAACGAGCUGGUCACAUUAGAGAUCAUCCAUCGCUAUGUCGAAGUCCUGGACCGAUAUUUCGGGAAUGUUUGCGAAUUGGACUUGAUAUUCAAUUUUCAGAAGGCAUAUGCUAUUCUUGACGAGCUAAUAAUCUCCGGAGAACUGCAAGAAUCGUCCAAGAAAUCAGUGUUGCGUGUGGUUACUCAGAGCGACUCGGUCGAAGAGCAGGAAAACUCGGAGGACUCGAUGGUGAGGCUAGGCUCUCGUAGUAUAUAG